AACCAAGCGCACAUGUAGCGGGUCAUGCUAGUUUAAUUCUUUAUACUCCCUGCUUUGUGGUGUUUGUUUCAACUGCGUAUAAGUUGAAGUAUAUUUGACUUUGAAGAUUUCUUCUGGGAAAUAAAUCUGCCGUUGGUUGAGAAGCAGGCUAAAGUGUUCUACGGUGUUAAAGUGUUUAUAAACAUCUGUGUAUGGAACCGGAGUCUCGCAUUCAAUCGAUGGGCGGAAUAGUAGAACACUUCUGCAUCGGUAAGGGCUCUGAGCGGACGAAUACGGGCUAGCUGCGACCGCGUGCGGUAAAGGAGAGGUCACCUUGUGAAUGAUCGUGUGAAUCGAAAGGGGCAAGUGGACAUGGCUACACAAGCAAGCACGUCGAAAGGAGUGUUUCGAAAGUAGCGCAAGUACUGCCAUAAUAGCACACGGACGUUUCAUUUGUGUUUUUUCCCCUUAAAGCAGCAGUCGUCAUUAUUUUGUUCUGCAGUUGAUUAUCUAGUAGGAAACAAAGAAACUAAGCAGAUAAGUAAAUUAACCAUUCUCCCAGUUGAAUCUAAGAAGUUCUAAGCUAAAUUCAAAGUUUUGUUCUUACAAGUAAGUUUUCAAAUUUAAACUCUAACGAAUUCUCACUUUGUUAAUUGCCUUUUAUUUCUCAUUUAUUGAAGUGUGUUAUUAUAAGACUGUAGUGUUUGAUGUACAAUAUUCAAAGGUUAAGCUAAGGGAAUCAAAGAGAUUUAGUUUUACAUUUCAUUCUAUUUUAUAUUUGCACACAUUAGAGAACAGAAUACAGUUUAUUCAAAUAUAUCACACUUAAAACUCUGCAUUUAAUAUGUCACACUCAAAGGAAACACUUUUCUUCCUACUGAAGAGGUCACUCAUGGAGACCUGAUGAUCUGCUUGAUGAGAUUGUAAAUGCAAUCAAUACCGUCCAAGUUGACAUGGACAUUACUUACCUCAAAAUAAGAGCCAUUUCAACUCCUGAACCUGACAUUCGGAGAAUGAUUGACACAUGCCAGGCAUUUACUAGGAUUGCAAAUACAAAUGUUCAACAUUUCCGCAGUGGUGAUGAUUCACAAAUCAUAACUUGGCCAUGAUGUUCAAUCAGUGUUUGAAAGCACAGUGUCUAGUGUUUCCUCCAUUCAAUCCGCUAAGUCAAAGGUUCCUUCCCAAGUAUCCAGACACUCUUCUAUCCUGUCCCUUAAUGCAAAACAAGCAGCAGCUGAAGUUGUGGCUACGCAAGAAGUGAUGAAGAUAACAAAUACACAACAUCAACAGAGAGAAGAAAUUCAAAGACUUGAGGUGGAAGAUCAAAUCUUGAAGGCUGAAAGAGAAGCUAUAGAAAAGUAAAUUGAAGCAGAGAGUGCUAAAAAAAGAGCUCAGUUCAUAGCAGAAAGUGCUGAUAGAAAAAUGAAGCUGGAAGGAAAAAAGAGAGAAGUACAACGUCUAGAAGAACUUAAAGGAUAUGUUGCGGCUCAAGCAAGACUUCAGGUUUAUUCAGAAUCUGUCGUUCCUCCACUUGCACUUAACCCUUUAAUGGAUCAAUUUUUUCCCUCUCAAGCACCAGUCUCACAAGCUCUACUUGCGCGCCAAGCCCAGUCAAGUCCACCACCCUCAUGAGGUCACAGCCACUAAAACCCCUCUCCCAUAUCCCUCCAUGUACACCUCAUGUUCUGUUCCACAGCCAACCACUCAAGCCUUUUUAACCUCUCAUGAAGCUUCCAAUGACCUUUUGAGAACUUGCUGAAGCAAUCACAGCUAAUCGAGUUCCAAUCCCAGAACCUGAAGUUUUCAAAGGAGAUCCUCUCAAGUACAAUGAUUGGAAGCUUUCCUUCUUUACUCUGAUUGAGCGAAAGAACCUGCUAGCUCAAGAAAAGCUCUUCUUUCUACGCAAGUACGUUGGUGGCUCAGCCAAGAAAGCUAUUGAAGGCCCUUUCGUUGUAGGAGCAGAAACAGCUUAUCGUGCUGCCAGGGACAUACUUGAAGACCGAUUUGGUUAUUCAUUCAUAGUUGCCAAGUCAUACCGUGACAAGAUACAUGCAUGGCAUAAAAUUGCCCCCAAGGAUAGCGAAAAUCUACGUGAGUUUGUUGAUUUUCUGAGCAGUGUGGAAUCAGCCAUGCCAUAUGUUCAAGGUCUACAAACUCUCAACGACUGUGUGGAAAACCAAAGGAUUACUUUCAAGCUCCCGGAUUGGUUGAGCUCACGCUGGAAUAGAGAAGCAACAAUCUAUCAGGAUGGACACAAAAUGUUCCCGGACUUUAGAUAUUUUGUAAGAUUUCUCAAUAUGGAGGCUCGUAUUGCAUGCAACCCCAUCAUUUUACAUUUACAUUUUAGGCAUUUGGCUGACGCUUUUAUCCAAAGCGACUUACAUUGCUUUAUCCUAUACAUUUUACAUAGGCAUAUGCAAUCCCCUGGGAUCGAACCCACAACCUUGCGUUGCUCUUACCACUGAGCUACAGGAAAGCUGUAGCUCAUCAUUAUAUGCUGUGAAGUCAACUGACCAAAAAAGAUCAAAGCCAACAGAACGAGAACAGUCUAAGUAUCAACAAAAUAAAAACUUUAGUGCUAAGACUUUCACCACUAAUAAAAUUGAGAAGACAAGCAGCACAUGCAUGUUUUGCAAGAAGAAAGGCCAUACUCUCCAUAGGUGUCUCAAGAUUAGGUAAAAACCAGUUGAAGAAAGAGUUAAGUUUGUACAACUGGAGAAAUUGUGUUUUGGCUGCCUUAGGACAGGCCAUAACUCCAGAGCUUGUACAUCCAGGAGUGUGUGUGACUUAUGUGGAAAACAUCACCCUACUUGCCUACAUCAAGAUCGUGGGAAGACAGACCAAGAACAAGCUGUAAGAAUAAAACAAGAAAGGCCAAAUGAAAACGGAGGACACAACAACCAACAGUCUGAAUCAAUUGAAAUACAGCAAGCUACCUCUAACAGAGUUGUUCAAGAGAAAAGCAGCACUCACACUUCAUCUAUUGUUCCAGUCUAUGUCUCCACGGCAAUGGAACCAGACAAGGAAGUUUUAGUAUAUGCGUUACUUGAUAGUCAGAGCGACACAACCUUCAUCCUGAAGGAUGCAGCUGUUACAUUGGGUGCCAAGAAAGAGUCAGUAAAACUUAAAGUGUCCACGAUAACAUCAAAAACAAAAGUGGUGAAUAGCCAAAGGUUGCAAGGACUACAGGUAAGAGGCAUCAGCUCUGACACUAAAAUCAAACUCCCAACAAUUUAUACCAGAGACUACAUACCAGCAAACAGAUCCCAUAUACCCACAAGAACUGCCGCAAAGUCCUGGCCUCACUUAGAACAUUUGGCAGAUGAAAUGUCUCCUGAGCUUGAUUGUGAAGUGGGAUUGUUAAUCGGCUAUAACUCUCCACAAGCCUUACUUCCCAGAGAUGUCAUCUCGGGCAAUGAAAACCAGUCAUAUGCACAAAGGUCUGUGUUGGGUUGGAGCAUUAUCGGCUACAGCAGCACUGAAGUUGAUUAUGAUCAGGAGGAUGAAAUCGGAGUGAGCCACCGUAUCAUCAUAAAGAAGGUUCAGCCAGCUACCAAGCCCUUUACUGAGCUCAAGUCUGAGGUACAUUUUGUUUAUAGAACUCAAGUCAAGGAAAUGAUCACUCCAGCAGACAGACUCAAGGUCUUUGAGGCAGAUUUUACUGAGAAGUUCAGUAAAGAAGUUCUAAUAUCACAAGAAGAUAUUAAGUUCUUGGUGAAGCUGAAAGAAGGAAUCAAGCAAAAGCCAAAUGGACAUUACAAAAUGCCAUUGCCUUUUAAGGAAGAGAAACCAAGCCUGCCAAACAACAAAGUGUGUGCAGAACAUCAACUCAGAUGUCUGGGAAAACGUCUUAAGAAAGAUAAUCAAUAUCACAAGGAUUAUGUGGCUUUUAUGGAGGACAUCAUAGCAAGAGGUGAUGCUGAAAAGGUUCCAGAGUCAGAGGUAACCGAUCGGACCACUUGGUAUAUCCCUCACCAUGGAGUUUACCAUCCUCAAAAGCCAGGAAAGAUUUGCUUGGUAUUUGAUUGCUCGGCUAAGUUUCAGAAUACAUCGCUGAAUGAGCAUCUACUCACCGGGCCAGACCUUACAAAUACCCUUGUAGGGGUCUUGUGUCACUUCCGCAAAGGAAGAGUAGCCAUCAUGUGUGAUGUAGAGCGGAUGUUCCAUCAAUUUCAUGUCGCAUCAAGUGACCAAGACUAUCUCAGAUUCCUGUGGUGGGAAAGAGGCGAUAUGGAAGCUCCAGCUUCAGUGUUCCGCAUGAAGGUUCACUUGUUCGGUGCUGCAUCGUCACCUGGAUGCGCAAACUUUGGACUCAAACACCUGGCUGCAGAAGGUGAAGGCAAGUUUAGUCAAGCUACAGUGAGGUUUAUUCAGCGCAACUUUUAUGUUGAUGAUGGAUUAACAAGUUUGGACAGUGAAGAAGAAGCUAUCGAGCUUUUUAGAGAGGCAAGAGACCUCUGCAACACCGGUAAACUCGAUUUACACAAAUUCAUUACCAGUAACAAGAAGGUGCUUGCCACAAUCCCAAAGCAAGAACUUGCAGAAGUAGCAGCUGACCUGGACAUGGCCUUGGGUGAGCACAAGAUGGAGCGGGCUCUCGGGGUCCAAUGGUGCAUUAGCUCAGAUAAGUUUCAGUUCAACGUGAGGGUAAAAGAUCAUCCUUUCACCAGAAGAGGAGUAUUGUCAACAGUGGCCUCAAUUCGCAGUCGUGGCCACAAGGUCGAGUGACCUGCUAAGGAGAGAAAUGGAGAUUGAAAAUCUACAGGAAUACUUUUGGACCGAUUCCAAGGUCGUCCUUGGUUACAUUAACAAUAAUGAACGGCGAUUUCAUGUAUUCGUAGCCAAUCGGAUCCAGCAGAUCAAAUUGACCACAGAACCAAGUCAAUGGCAAUAUGUUUGCUCAGAAAAUAACCCGGCUGACCAUGCCUCUCGCGGACUCAUGGCAAAGGAGCUUGUAGAGUCUAACUGGUUUACGGGACCUCGUUUCUUUUGGCAAAGGGACCUCCCUAAGGAACAAGAGUUUAAGGUGAGAGAACUCAAUGAAGAUGACCCAGAAAUCAAAAGAGCACAAGUUCACACAACUGAAGCAAAUGAGGAAAUGUCCCUAUUAGACCGACUUCAGAAGUUUUCAGACUGGAACAGAGUCGUAAGAGCCAUAGCAAGACUUAAGCGUCUUGCAAAGGAGGUGUAAGGUCUUAAAACAAGAUCCAAUGAAGUUACGACACUUAGAAUGGAGGCUGAACAAUUCAUAAUCCAUGCUGUGACGGCUCAGUGAGUGGUUGUGUUGUUCACGAGUUACAGGUUGAUUGCUGGAGGGCGUGGCUUUACACCUGACCGUAAUCACGGCACUUUAAAAGACACAUAGCGUGUAGAGACCAGGGAGAGAAAAGGAGAGAGUGUUACUCGCUGGUGUUGCUGCUCAUUGAGGCUACCGGAAAGCUGACGGGAUGCGUGGGUUACGGGAGACGCACAGCCUCGAUGGAGUCAUCAUGAUGUGAUCCGGUUCUCCUAUGUUUUGAUUUGGACCUUUAGUUGUUUAUAUUUGGUUGAACUGAUAUCAUUUGAACUUGCUAUUUACAUUUACAUGCUGACAUACAUUUACACUGAUCACUUGACAUUUCACAUUUCUUAUUUACGUUAAAUAAAUCUUAUGAUUUAAGCAGUGGUUAUGUGGCGUCUCCCUUUCUUUGUUGUGAUCUAAGAAUUAGAUUGUAACAAAUGGGGGCUCGUCUUAAAAAGUAAUUCGAUGACAACAAAUGAGAGUGUUUUAUAAGUUAAAUAUGGUUUAGCUUAUUUGGUUUAUUGGCUGCUCGGUUGGAUGUUUAUGUGAAAAAGUAGAUCCUUGUUUAUUCACAUUGUUUUGGAGAGGCACGUAAAAGCUUUGUUUAAAUUAUGUUUGGAUAGGUCGCGUGAGUUUGAAGGCAGUUGCCAUUUGAUGGCAAAGCACAGGAGGCAUAUGCAGCGCUUGCAAUGGAGGACCGAAGAGAUUAUGAUAAGGUAAAAGUGACUAUCCUAAAAGCUUAUGAGUUAUUUCCUGAGGCAUUUUAGGAACUGGAGAAAAGGUGACCGGCAAACCCAUUCUGAGGUGGUAAUAGAACUUGUUUCGCUCUUUGAUCGUUGGUGUAUUGCUUCUGAUGUUACAAAUUUUGAGAAGUUACGUGACCUAAUUAUUUUGGAGCAAUUUAAGAACAUUGUGCCUGACUAUGUUGCUUAAUAUAUCAAUGAAAAGAAGCCAUGUGAUUCGCGUGAAUUUGCAGUCUUGGCAGAUGACUACAUAUUGACACAUAAAAAUGCAUACAAAGACCAAUCAGGGCGUCACAGUGGUAACUUCAGUGAAAAUAGGGGUGCAUCAAAGAAGUUUGAACAAGCUUAUGCUUCAAAAUUUGAGGAAAAUGGUCGUGGAAAAGAUGACCGAGAUUUAGUAUGCAAUUACUGUUUCAAUAUUGGACAUUGGAAAAAUAAGUGUCCUGUUUUGGCUGCAAAGUUGAAAUUUAGUCAAAGGAAUAAGUCCAAUGUGAAUAGUAAUCCUGCACUAAAAAAAAUGUUAUGUUGAAUUUACUUAAUUUUUUUCAUUGAGGGGUUGCACAAAAUAAAUUUAUCUAAACCCAGAUAUAUUUUUUAAAUUGAGUGUAAUCAUAUUUUAUAAGUGGAUUGUAUUUAUAUUUUAUGAGUGGAUUGUACUUAUAUUUUUUAAAUUGGUUUUACUAAUUUCGUUCAGUAAUUUCAGAAUAAUUAUAUUCAUAAUUUCGGCUAAAUUAUUUUGAGUAGAAUUUAUUUAUUUUAUUUCCCUACACUAAAUUUGUCCAAUCAGAUCAAUUCACAUAUUUCAUUUAUAUUAUAGACAUUUGGCAGUCUUUUGGAAGGAGACUUACAUUGCUUUAUCCUUUACAUUUUCGAUUGGUGUUUGCUGUCGCCUGCUUUCGA